AUGUACGGUGAGUGGAACGUCCAUGCCGAAGCCGCCUUGGCGGCGGCACUUUUGAAACCCAAACGCCUAGCCCUCACCGCUUCGUCGUCUUCAGCACCGGCACCCUUGGCGAUCGAGAAUUGCAACAUUCCGGUUUCAAAAAAAGAGUCGUCCCCCAAGAAUACCAAGAAGGCUGAAGCAUCAUCGUCCUCGUCAUCUUCUACCUCGUCCGGGGAGGAGGCCGAAGAUGAGCAAGAGGAGAGCGAGGAUGAGCAGGAGGAGGCCGAUGAUGUGCAACAGGAACCCGCCAUGCCCGAAUACUACCAGUGGACUGAUGAUUGGCACGAUGUCUACGCUCAGCUGUUGCACAUCUACGAAAGUUCCGAGCUUAAUACCAAGCGGCGUAGGAUCAUGGACACGCUUUUGGCUGACCUUCGCAAAGCGAAGGGGCACUUUGAUGCAGAAAACCAAAUGACGACUGCCUACAAGAAAGCAUUGGACGAAGUCAAGAACCAUGUAAUGACUGAACUGAAGACCCCCAUCGUGAUCACCAAUGAGACUGUUUCCGGAUCCGUGAACGACUUGCCACUCAAGGAGCACUUCCAUCAGUACAAGGCCAAGACGUUGGUGGAUAUCAUCGAGAAUGUCGCUCUGCAAGAUGUGCCAUGGGAGUCGAUUGCGACGUGUCUUGCCAAUGAACGAUAUACUGAACUCCCACCUCCGUUUCGCACCGACCGUGUUGCAGACACUGAGUUCGUACUCCAGAUUGGGGUUAUCAAGAAUUCCACCGGCUCCUUCGGCACUGUGAUCAAGCACUUCAUCUUUGCAGACAAGACUACGUCGUUACGCCACAUAGAGGAAAUUGUACAUGGCACUGGGUACCUCAUCGACUACUCACCCAACUUUCGAAGUGGACCUUGUGCAUUCCAAAUUCUUCUGCAAAGAAUGUCUCACUGGAUGGUGUCGUUUCGUCGGCUAGAGCAGAAGCAGCCCAGGCCGGUCAAAGAGGAUUGUGGUGAUCUCCAAGCCGGAUUUGACUACAUUCGAGAGUUCGGCCCGAAAUCCAACAUGGGAAAUGGCCAGACUGAAUGGGCUGAAAUUGAGACCCGCAGACUUGGAGGACCGCUGCAUGGUUGGAGUGCGGGGUUAGUCAAGGAAUGCUUGCGAAACCAUUCAGCUUCGAAUGUUUACGCUCGUCCAGUCACCAACUUCUUCUUGACACUCCACGACGUCGCAGGUUGGUUUUUCGAUGACGUGUUGGUUGAGAUCCUGGGUGACCUCAAAAGCCACACUUUGGUGAUGAUGGGGAUGGCCGAAACAGGGAAAACACCGGUGGCUCAAGCCAUCGCAAUGGCGAUCUCAGAAUACCAUAUACUGGCUGGUGGGAGAGAGCAGGAACUGCGGCCGUCCUUUCGCCUCGUUGCUUCCCUGGACCAGCUGCGAGGUGAAUCCGGCAUCAAGGAACGUCCGGAUAUCCUUGAUGACCCGGAUACCAGCGUCAUGUCCGUGACGAAGCUGAAAGCUUUCCUUGACAGCACUCUUACCGAGACACACACCGUGGUACGCAAUCAGCUCCGAGUGAUUUGCGACAAUCGAGUGGAUGAUGAUGCCGAGCCAGACUUACCGGAGUCCGAAGGCUUCAUUAAGUUCGAGACCUUUAUGGACAUCAUCUCACCAGCCUUCCCCGACAAGUGUUCAAAGCAGGACCGUAUGGCCUGCCUCAAACGGGCGCAUUGGAUCGUUAACAUGAAGAAGGCUCUCUAUCUUCGACCUGUCGGUACCAAGACAGUUCCUGUCAAGCGCAUCCCCUACUUGCACGGCCAGACUGACUUCUUGAACCAAGAGGGCAAGGAUAUCUUACAGGCCAUGCGCGAUGGCAUUGAGACACCACCAAAGAAUUGGGUCCAAAAGAGACAAUGGACUCACGAUGUCCUGAGCAUGAUCAUCGAGAAGAAAGAGCGACCACGUCGCACUGCCACGAUUUUGAUUCCCGGGUCAGGCGGUAACGGUCCCACUUCUCGUGACUCAAAGCCACAAGUUCCAUUCUCAGGCCGCAUUUGUCCAGACUUCUUGCCGACCGUGGACACCGCCGCUUCUAUGGAGGACAGGCGCGAGGCUUCCUCUUCUUUGCCAACCGCCGCUAACAUUGCCUUAAAGACGGAGGUUGAAGAGAAAGCUUUCUUCCCGCUCAUGGUGGCGUCCCACGCAGAUGACGUCAUUGACUUGGCCACGCCAACACCUCCUCGCUGUAAGCGUCCUCGGCAAGAUGAUGCCUUUCCCGACGUGGGCGAGGACGUCGACGAGCACUGCUUUGAGAGCGAUGUAGCCUUCCAAAAAUAUCUCAUUCACCGUCGUGUUCUCGACGAAAACGGUGCGAAUGUUUCCUUGUCACUGAGGGCAAUCGGCAUCUUCUUGAAGUACGGGGCUGCUCUACAGAUAAAGAGAUGCACUAAAUGUGGUAAGCCCGCUCGCUUCGAGCAGCGAACCUCGAGGGGAUGGACGACUUUUGGAUGGACAUGCAGUGCUGUUGGGCACAAGCACAUGGAACUACAACUCAACCAGUACGGCUUCCUCACUGAAAUACCGGUGAAUAGCUGGUUCCCGUUUCUCCAUCUCAUCAACAUGUUGCGUCUUUCUAUGAACUGGUCCACCAUCAUCCAGGAGUUGCAGGCGGGCUAUGGCAACAUCGCCAAAAAGACGAUUGCGAAAUGGCGUGACGUCUUCCAGAGGGCUAUCGGUGCUGCUCUGGACAAAAUGGACUGCAGGGUCGUCGGUGGCAAGAAGGAGACGGUCGUCAUGGACGAAGCCAUCGUCGGAGUCCAUCCUGAAGAUGGUUGGUCAGUUGGUUCGAGGGGGAUCAACAAAGCUGGUGCAGAGCAGACUAGGACAACGGCGCGCCUGGAACGGAAAAAACUGGUUUCCAAGGGUGCCAUGAAAAGGCUGCCAGCUCGAACACUUCAUGGGUCAGAGAAGGCUUCACGCACCGGGCCACAGCUCCUGAAGAAGCCGGCUUCAACACACAUGAAGCGGCCAUGUGGUGUGAUGAAAACGAUCCUGAAGAAGCCUGCUGCCGUUCGACCACCAGCCAAACGACUCAAGAAGACUGCCGCAAACCUCAAGACAAACGGUGCCUGGCUAUGGCUUGCUGUCGCUGUGGGCAAGAACAAGGAGAUCUACACCCAUGACAACGGCAAGAAACGCAUCACUUAUCGUCUUCUGCCUUCUCGCAAGAAAGCCAUAAAGAACAAACCUCGCGGCUUUGAAGAAAUCCAAAACACGGUUGAAAAGCACGUCGCGAAAGGCUCGUACUUGGUGUUUGACGGUUGGACUGCUACCAAAAAGGCUGUGGAAGCACUAGGCUAUGAUUACGCACCUCCUGUGAAACAUGAAAAGUGUUUUCGUGAUCCUGCUACGGGGUUCCACACGAAUGAUGCAGAGUCUGAAAACGGCAGGCUCAAAAAGUGGUCAAGGCGCCGCUAUGGAAAGCUUUCUUUGGACAUACUCGAAAUGGAUGAGUAUGUCUUUUAUGUCAAUGUCGGAACUGACAUGUCUUCAAUCCUGAAAGGACUGGCACGAGCCAACGGGGUCAUUUGCAGGAACGACCUGCUUGAAAUCUAG